AGAACGCGUGGCCAUUUGACAGAUAAUGAGGUGUUUGAGAAUAUUUUUUGCCAUUCUUUCCAACACGUUUAAAGAAUGUUAUCAAAAUAGAUAACGAUGCUGUAUUAUCAUUCGGCUAGCAGCUCGUGAAGUCGUGCUGGCGAUAACAAUUGCAUUAUAAUAAUAAGUUUUGGUUAGAAAUGCGCGUUCCCUGACGGUACGGCUCGCCGUUUUUGGAGUCGUAGUGUUUCGUUUAUUUCUGUAAAGGGCGCGCAAAUAUUAUGUAUGUUAUAUAACGAAUGUUGUUAGUUUAUCGCGAGUGAAUUAAUACUGUAAGAUGAAGGUGGUGGCAUUGGUGAGCGGUGGGAAGGACAGCUGUUACAACAUGAUGCAGUGUGUUGGCGCCGGGCAUACUCUCGUGGCCCUAGCGAACCUCCAGCCGCAACAUAAAGACGAGCUGGAUAGCUACAUGUACCAAACGGUGGGCCAUCAGGGUAUUGACCUCUAUGCGGAGGCCAUGGGCCUGCCGCUGUACAGGGAGGUGAUAUCCGGCACUGCGGUGAACCAGGGAAAGAUCUACAAGCCCACAGAUGAUGAUGAGGUGGAGGAUAUGUACAGGCUGCUGGCUAGGAUCAAGAGUGAGAUGGCGAUAGAAGCAGUUGCAGUUGGGGCCAUUUUGUCUGAUUACCAAAGAAUUAGAGUAGAAAAUGUGUGCCGAAGGUUAGGUCUAGUCUCUCUCGCCUAUUUAUGGCGAAGGAACCAAAAGGAACUUUUACAGGAAAUGAUAACUAGCAAUGUCGAAGCAAUUAUAAUAAAGGUGGCUUGCCUAGGGCUGGAUCCGCACGUACACCUAGGCAUGUCGAUCCGGGACAUCCAGCCGCACUUGCUGCUGAUGCAGGAGAAGUACGGCCUGAACGUGUGCGGAGAGGGCGGGGAGUAUGAGACCUUCACGCUUGACUGUCCGCUCUUUAAGAAGCGGCUCGUCAUCGACGAAAAAGAACUAAUAGUCUGUUCUGACGACUCGGUCGCUCCGGCCGGUUACCUCAACCUCAAAGUGCACCUCGAACCAAAAGCGCAACCAACACCCAUCGAACUACCUCCCACUGUGAAAAACGCCUUAGACUACGUAAACGACCUUAGCGACACCGUGUUCAGCGACCUAAGCGACAUCGAGCUGAGCGAGACGGAGCUAGAAUCUAUUGAGAAGUUAGAAAAGGAGGAGAAGAAAAAGCACAAAGAACUGAACCCAUUGCUCAACACUCAAGAUAGCAUAGACGCCGACCAGAAUGAUAGCGUAGAAAGUAUAGGUUAUAACUACGAUAUGCACGGGCAUAGAGAUAUCCUUCCGGUCUUGGACCAUAGUUCUAUAUAUGGAAAUAGCCACGGAUGGUACUAUAUCGGGGGGAUAGUCGGAGAAGGAGUGGACACCGCGCUGGCGACGAAGGAUGCUGUGAAGAAACUCAUUAACCUCCUAAACUCGCAAGACAUGCGUCUCGAAGACGUAUGCUCCGUCAACAUAUAUAUGAGAGACAUGGGCGACUACGCGGCCCUGAACGAAGUAUAUGUGGACGCGUUCAACUUCGUCAACCCGCCGACCAGGGUGUGUGUGCAGUGCCCGCUCCCUGAUGACGUGGGGCUCAUAUUGGACGCUGUAAGUACUAAAAUAGAAGAUACAUGCUUCGUCAACAUAUAUAUGAGAGAUAUGGGCGACUAUGCGGCCCUGAACGAAGUCUAUGUGGACGCGUUCAACUUCGUCAACCCGCCGACCAGGGUGUGUGUGCAGUGCCCGCUCCCUGAUGACGUGGGGCUCAUAUUGGACGCUGUAGCGCAUAAGUCGAGCAGCCAGAACUAUGACCCUGACGGGAACUCGAAGGAACGAGUUACGAUGCACGUCCAGGGAAUCUCGCACUGGGCGCCGGCCAAUAUCGGACCUUACAGUCAAGCAGUUAAAGUGGGCGAAGUAAUCGGCACUUGCGGUCAAAUAGCCCUGGUGCCGGGCUCCAUGCAGCUGCUGGAGGGCGGCGCGCGGCGGCAGUGCGCGCUGGCGCUGCGCCACCUCACGCGCGUCGUGCGCGCCGUCUGCCCCAGAGCGCACAUCCGCAGCGUGGCGCAGAGUGUUUGCUACAUGACGCACGGCGGCAUCGCGAGCGAGGCGCGGAGGCAGCUAGAGCGGCGCACGGCGGGCGCCAUCGUGCAGUACGCCGUCGUGGGCGCACUGCCGAGGGGCGCCGCCGUCGAGUGGCACGCCUGGGCGCACACCGACAACAACCGCUUCGAGUAUGAAGAAACGGGUUGCAAUGUGGGCGACUACAAAGUGGCGAUAACGAGGCGGUGGAACUAUGAGAACACCGUCGCGGCGUUCGUGUGCUACGUCGCAACAGGUUCAUCCCCUUCCACAUGCCAGCUAUCGUUCCCCAGCGAGGAAGCGUGCGUGUCGCACCGGGCGCGCGCCGCGCAGAUGACGACGACCGAGAUAGAAGCCGUGCUGGAAUACGCACUGGGCAAGCUACUACACGGUCGGCCCGAGCCCACGGCCGUCAAGAUGAGGAUAUUUUACCAGGUAACGGUCGUUACCUUGUAGGUUCAUCAUACAUUUGCUAGCUAUCGUUCAGAGAAAGCGAGCGUGUCGCAGAUGACGACGGCCGAGAUCGAAGCUCUGCUGGAGUACGCACUGGGCAAGCUACUACACGGUCGGCCUGAGCCCACCGCCGUCAAAAUGAGGAUAUUCUACCAGGUGUGGAGCGCGCCGCCGCCGGCCCGCAUCCUGGAGGCGGUGUCCGGCGUGAAGGCGCGCGGCGCCGCGCUGGCGGCCGCCACCGCCGUGCCCGUGCUGGCGCUGCACAACGCCUUCACCUUCCUCUCCAUCAGCGGGCUACGCUUUGACGAGUGAUCAGACAGAGUUUGCGGUUUUCUUCUCCAGAGAGAAUGCAGAUAUGCUUUAUUGCCAGUUUAUAAAAUAUAUUUGCUGAAUAUUUUCAGUGUUUAUAUGAAUUUUGUUAAUUAUGCUACCGAGUUUACGAUAACAUAAGUCAAAUUAUAUAAAUUAUUUUUAUUGCA